GACUUCCGGGAGCGGGCGCGGAGGUCGGACCAGUUGCUGCUCCACCAACGUUCUUGAUUUUAAUGUACCACCUACACAAUUUCUGAUGUACAUUAGCUGUAAUUUCUGCAUACCAUGGACCUCAUUCUUAUAUCUGUUUCAACACUGUAUGCCUCGGAAGACAAAGGUACUGUUUUCAGCUGAUAAGAACUUGGCUGAUUCUUCAUUAAGGCAGAAUAUACAAGAUGAAAGACGAAAGAAGCACCAUCACAAUCCAUAAGUACCUUCUGCUCAGGAAUAAAAUAAAUCUUUUGACCUGUUGAGUUUAUUUCUAUAGGACGACUCUCUCUUUGUUUUUCCCAAGCGGCUACCAGGCACUAGACAGAAUUCAGUCCAGUAGCCUAGAGGCUAAAUGACCUCAUAACUCAUUAGCAGUUCUCAGAGCCAUCUGGAGCCCUUGAGGAGAGACGUGUGUAAAGGACUGAUAAUAAAGACAACAGAAUAAUUAUUUCGCUGCCAUGAUUAAACCUUCAGAUGGCAAGCAGCGUAUUUACUGUGUAGAUUGCUGAGGAGGGUGUUUUCUGAAGGGAUGAUAAUGCUGUGAUGGGACAACUGGUUUUCCUGUGCUGUUCAUCCAGCCUGCUACACAGGUAAACUGCGUAUCAGUCACUCACCUGUUGAAUCACAAAAUGGUGUGUUGAGAAAAUGGCGGUCCAGCAGGAGAGCAGUCUGUGCACACGAAAUGGGACGUACCAUGUGCAGAGGACGGCGGUCGUUUCUCCAAGGCCUGCGCCGCCAACAACAUACCGAGAGUCACAUGUGGCCUUCUGCGUGUUCAUUUUCUAAAGUGGUCAUUAGAUAAUCUUGGAAUUCCUUACACUUACCUGUUUGUUUUUCUUGUCAUUUCCUGCAGGAAGAAUUGCCCUGUGCUGCUCAGGAUAUGUCUUCGCUUUCAGAAUAUGCCUUGCGCAUGAGCCGGCUGAGUGCCCGGCUGUUCGGUGAAGUCGCCAGGCCUACCGACUCCAAAUCCAUGAAAGUAGUGAAACUGUUUAGUGAGCAGCCGCUGGCCAAGAGGAAGGAGACCUAUGACUGGUACCCAAAUCACAACACGUACUUCGCGCUCAUGGGGACCCUGCGUCAUCUAGGUCUCUACAGAGAUGAGCAUCAGGAUUUUAAGGACGAGCAGUUGCGUCUAAAGAAGCUCCGUGGAAAGGGGAAACCGAGGAAAGGAGAAGGGAAACGAGCAGCGAAGAAGAAAUAGUGCUGGUCCAUCAGAAGAGAGCAUUUCUUCCUCAGUGACUGAGAGCAGAAGUGUAUUUACUGUUUAUCCACACAUGGUAGGCUUCUGAUCUACCUACAUUUGAAGGUCAUUUGAAGGAACACCGCCAGCUUGGUGUUGAUGUCUAAUCCAGUUAAAUCAUGACUGGUUUCUUGAACACAUUGUAAUUCUGCAAAAUUAUUUUGGCCUUGGUUUUAUAAUCUGAGGUUUACCUAAUUCUGUAAAGAAAUGAACAUGUAAAUUAUUGUUUAAUGGUUGU